AUGGAAGGCUCUGUGCUGAGUCCCACUUCCUGGGAGAAGCGAAGGGCCUGGAUCCGUCAGAGUCGUCAGUGGCAGACCCAGGUCGUGGAAGAAGCUGAAGCAGUCCUGCCGGAUGUCUUAGAUACUGAACCUUCCAGCCUUGAUGAUGUUUUUCAGGAAGGAAAUUCAAUAAGUAAGAUAGAAGAUUGGAUUCUGGAUUGUAGAUACUCUGAGGAAGGACUUUUUGAUGAAGCAGGAAAAUCAGUUCAUAAUGGUUGUCCAAGCCAUGGAGCCAGUUUUGAAGAUGAUUUGACACUUGGGGCUGAAGCUGCACAUUUGGUCACCAGUGACAAACUCUUCUCCAGGAAUCUCUUGGAGACAGCACGACCGUGCCAGCUACUGGAUCUUGGCUGCAGCUUGGCUUCCAGCAGUCUGACUGCUGGGACCAACAAGACUAGUUCAAGUAUCUCAGAAAUUCUUGACAAGGUUCAAGAAGAUGCAGAAGAUGUCCUCAUUAAUCUAGGCUUUGGCCAUGAGGAUCAAAAGGAAACUUCUCGGAUUCCUGCCCGAUUUUUCACCAACCCCUCUCAGGCCAAAGGCAUUGAUUUUCAGCUCUUCCUGAAGGCUCAAGUGCAGAGGAUAGAGAUGGAAGAUACUUGUCUCAUGCUUGCCAGUAGAUUUAAGCAGGUACACACACUGGCUGCCACUGCAGAUGCUUUCUUCUGUCUCUACUCCUAUGUUUCUAAGACACCUGUGCAAAAGUUCAUCCCAUCCAACAUGUUCUGGAACUGGAACCUAAAUGAUGUGCCAACUAUUAAGAUUCUGAUCCCAGAGCCUGAACCGCACUCACCCAAAGAGCGCCUCCGGAAAGCGAUUUCCAAGAUGUGCCUAUACACGUGUCCAAGAGAUCGCACGUCGCCAUCCCACAGCAUCAUACAAAAGAACAGUAUGGACCAAGUAGUAUGGGAAGUGCUGGAUAGAGUGAGAGGACAGAAGCGUGUCCUCAAGCAAAAUCCUGAUUUUGAUCCAGAGACACAGAAAUACUGUGUGCCCUCAAUCAGAAAUGUGGAGUCGCCUACUUCUUCCUUUCCAUGUACUUUCUUUUCUAAUGGAAAAACAACGCAGUCAAUGAUAACAGAGCAAGCACCACUUUAAACUCUGGAUUCAAAUCCCAGAGUAGAUCUACAGUGGAGUUUGACCCAGGUAAAGAGAGAAAUGUGGACUCUGCAAGCCACUAAUAAGGAAAAACAUUUAGCUAAGGAUGAGACAUUCUGGAAACAGAACAGAGCGAGAAAUAUUCUGUUUCAGAAGGUUAUUGUGAGCAGGAAGGUUAAUUCAUUAGAUCUGCCAAUCAUUAAGCAGAAAUGGCAGCUGAACCUAGAGAGAAUAGAAUUGUGUUCUUCUCUAACUCAGCAGCUGCUGGAAACUUUUGAUUUGAAGGAAAUGAGUAUGUUGAAGAUGUUCCUGGAUUCUGGAAAAUGA